AUGCUUUUUCUACAAAUUCUCGCCAUAACUUGUACCAUCAUCGGGCCAACCUUCUCGAUUCCCACCGAAACAUCGGCUGCAAAUUUCGCAAGCGAAGAAGCCAAUCUAGCAGCCUCGCGCGCCGAAAUUGAUCAUACGACUUUCCCGGAAAUCGCGCCCAACCGUGCAUCCACCAGUCAAGCAACCGUUCAUGAAGAGCUCGGCUUGCAAUCCUCUGACUCUGCAUCUGAAUCUGAUGGUAUCAUCGAGCAGGGUAAAGCAAAAGAAUUGAAAGUGCACCUGCCUGAAGAAGUUGAUGCGAUGAUCACGGCAGCCCUCAAACAUCAAAAGCACGCAUUGCGCAUGCAAUCCUAG